UCACUGCGCUGUUUUCUCCACACAGUCACCAGUCACUCCUCGUGGGACUGAAGACAAGGUAAAGAACUGUAUGAAAUUACCACCAGCAAGUCAGAUUCAACUCUCUGACCUCUGCUUUGACUUGCAUCUGUGAAUUUUAAUACUGGACAACAAUAUUUACCUGUAACACUGCAUCUGGGAUGCUUCUUAAAUGCUCAAUAGACAGUCACUCUUUAAUGAUCACUGACUGAGCUUCACUGGAAUCUAGAUCAGUCCUCUGACGUGCAUAGUAGUUGUUAUGUAGUUAAGCAUUACUCCAUUGUCCCUCUAUCUUCAGAUAGGAAGCCUGAGCUUUUAAGUAUGUCAAAGGUACUUUGACCGUCCACACAGGCUGCCUUCCCACUCGCCUCCUGCCUGCUUAAGUAGAUGCCAGGGGGGAUUAGGUGAGCUGAAAUCCCCUGUUGGGAGAUGAGAAGGCUACCUCUCAAAGAGUACAGUAAGUGUGCAGCCUGCAGCAUGCAUAAGCCAUGAAAGCUGCUUUGUCCUCUGUUUCAUUAACUCACAGGGCCAUUAGUCUGGCAGGCUCACACCUCCAGCUCGAGAUGGGAACACAGCUCUCAUAAGAAAAGCAGGAAAACUCUAGCACAGCUUAAAUGAUGAGGCCACAAGUUUCUUUCUAAGCAACACUUGCAUGCAAACACACUGUAAAGAACACUGUAAAGUUCUGGAGGGAAUGCCAUAUAAAAACGCAACAACUGCAGUUUUUCAUUUUAUAAGUUUUGUUUAUUGGUUUCAGACAUUGGGAAAGUAGUCAGGUUUCUUUUGAAAGUGUGGAUUAUUUUUCUCAGUUUCUACCAUUUCCACUUUCAGAAGCUUCUUUUUUACUGGUUCCUUUUUGUAAAGGACAAAAUCCAAAGUCAUAGACGAAUGUGUACCUUAAGGGCUUGGAUUAUCUUAAAGGCAUAAUCAUGAAAAGAUUAUCAAAGCCACAGCUCUUGCUGACAUUAUGUACACACAAGAGUUAUUCACAAGAAGCGUCACAUUUUUUCAGCAACUUUCUUUUAUACAGAAAACCCGCAAAAUUAAGAAAAGAAAACAAACAAAUGUAAUACUGUCCCUGUUUAACGGUCUUAAUGCUUAGUUAAUUUCCUUCUUUUUAUUCCUUCCAUCCCUGCUGUGUCAGAUACUAUGAAUGUGGAUUAAAUAACCAAAUUACUUCUGGUUAAGAGGAAACUGUGCAGCAGGUGUAGUCAUUUACAUUAAGAAAAUUUUAUAACUUAUUGCAAAACUUGUCAACACAGGUAAUGUAAAGACAGUUUCCCAGGUUUACCGGUUUGGGGACACUUUGCACAUCCAUAGAUAAUGUAGAGAGGAGAUAAAGGUCUAAUCACAGGUUGUGUCAAAUUUUAUCUGCAGUGAUUUUUUCCCCCUGAAGAAAGGUGGAGAAGUGCGAUUAUCUCUGACAUGAUACUGCUCUGGUGAGGCAGGAGACUACGCAGAAGAGCAUGCCGUGUGGCAGCGUAAAGUCCUUUCUGGUGAGCCUGUCUCGGACGAAGCCCCUGGAGCCCGAGGGGGAGCAGUCCACGUUUAACCGAUGCCUGACCACUCUGGACCUGGUGGCCCUUGGCGUGGGGAGCACUCUAGGGGCUGGGGUCUAUGUCCUGUCUGGGGAGGUGGCCAGAGAAACUGCCGGACCCAGCAUCAUAAUCUCCUUCUUCAUCGCCGCCCUGGCAUCCAUAUUCGCCGGGCUGUGCUACGCAGAGUUUGGGUCCCGGGUUCCCAAAACAGGCUCAGCGUACCUUUACAGCUAUGUGACUAUUGGAGAGCUACUGGCUUUUAUCACUGGGUGGAAUCUGUUACUCUCCUACGUAAUAGGGACAUCCAGCGUUGCGCUGGCGUGGAGUGGGACAUUUGAUGACCUCAUAGGGGGCGUCAUAUCGAAAUACUUUGAAGAACAUGCAGCCAUUGGCCUCCCUGGCCUGGCACCUUACCCAGAUGUCUUUGCUGCUGUUCUCGUCUUGAUACUGUCAGGUGUGCUGGCAUUUGGAGUGAAAGAGUCAACAACAAUCAACAAGAUCUUCACAGCGAUCAACAUCCUGGUGCUGCUGUUUGUAAUCAUCUCUGGGUUCAUCAAGGGACACAUCUCCAACUGGCAAAUCAGUGAAGAUGUUCUUAUAAACGCCACAGCAGAAUUCAAAAACUUGAGCUCCACUGCCAAUGUGACAAGUAUGUAUGGAGUGGGUGGAUUCUUCCCAUAUGGCAUUAGUGGAACGAUAGCCGGAGCUGCGACAUGUUUCUAUGCUUUUGUUGGAUUUGACUGCAUUGCUACAACAGGUGAGGAGGUGAAGAACCCUCAGAAGUCUGUCCCUCUGGGCAUUGUGGCCUCACUACUUAUCUGUUUCCUGGCCUACUUUGCUGUGUCUGCUGCUCUCACCCUGAUGAUGCCUUACUACAUGCUCAGUAAAAAAAGCCCCCUGCCAGUGGCCUUUGAGUAUGUCGGGUGGGCUCCCGCCAAAUACGCUGUGGCUGUGGGAUCGCUGUGUGCCCUGUCCACAAGCCUACUGGGUUCGAUGUUCCCAAUGCCACGGGUGCUGUUCGCCAUGGCAAGAGACGGCCUCCUUUUCCAAUCCUUGAGCAAGGUCACCUCCAAGGGCAGUCCUGCUAUAGCUACUAUAUCAUCUGGAAUUGUGGCAGCCAUCAUGGCUCUGCUGUUUGACCUGGAAGCACUGGUGGAAAUGAUGUCCAUCGGCACUCUGUUUGCUUACACACUCGUGGCCAUAUGCAUCUUAAUCCUGAGGUACCAAGUGGGGCCAUCUGAAGACACAGACCUACAGGUUAUAGAGCCAAAGACCAAGUUUGGCUUCCUGACGCCUCCAUCUUCUCCCACUUCAUACACCUCAAGAAGAGUCACCAUGCUGACUGUAUUCUCUGUUGUAUGUGUGACUGCAUUGUGUGUCACUCUGACCAAGGCAUUAGAUGCUCUGGCCCGUAUGGAAGCAUGGUGUGUGGCGAUUGUCUGCAUCCUCGCCUGUAUCUUGCUAUUAAACAUUUUCAUCAUCUGGAGGCACCCACAGAAUGCCACCAAGGCAACUUUCAUGGUGCCCUUACUCCCUGCAUUGCCUUUAGUGAGCACACUCAUCAACGUAUACCUGAUGGUCCAGUUAGGUGGAGACACAUGGAUACGAUACUCUAUUUGGAUGUUAGUGGGGUUACUCAUUUAUUUUUGCUAUGGCGUGCGUCACAGUGUUCAGAGGAAGCGUCUCAUGGCCGGCCAGAUGAAGAUUGAAACAGUCAGCGAACGAAUAGAAAAGAGCACCAUUAAAGAAGCAAAAUUCUGAGUUGGGCUGAAGCAGAGAGGAAUAGAUUGAUAUGUUACAGUGAGUAACUGCUUUAAGUGUGUAACUACUGUUUCUGCAGUGUUCAAUAUCUGACAGGUGUACAGUGUUGAAACGCAGACAAAUGGAGAUGUGCCAACUUGUUGACUUUUAUUCCACACUGAGACUUUAUUACAUGUUGAUGGAGUUUGUCAUUUAUCUAAAUAUUCUUAUUGUCAACACUGAAAUGAUGCCUGACAUAUUUUUGGACGUGUAUAUGCUGCCUGUAUCUUUGUAGUUUACACCUGUGUUUAAAAAGAAAAAGAACAAAAGGGCUCAAACUGGUGAUAAUUUAUAAUUUUAUAACACUUAAAUAACAUAGAUACACUUUUCAUAUCAAUUGUAAAAUGUUAAACAUUUUAGUUUCAAUUUUAAAUGUUAGGGGUUUUUUUACACAUAAAAAUAUAGAGUAAGACUGUAUGUACAAUGUAGAUACAGAUAAUCUUGCGAAUGUUAGUGUGUAAAUAUGGAAACUGUACAUGUUUUAUAAUUAUAUAUUGCAAAUGUAUUCCUUAAUAAUAAAAAAGAGAGAAUCCGGUUUUCAACACGA